AUGGAUCAUGAAAAAUUCUUUCCAGUGCAGUUCUCCAUAUUCUACUUGACAAGGGCGACUACCGUAGACGACGAUGUUCGUGCAGAAUGGAUUCUGCGUACCGCACAGUUUGUAACAGGACCUAUUGUAAUUUCGAUGAUUUUCGUACAGCAACCGUAUCACGUGGCUGUAGUCGUCGUUUACAAGUUACGAAGGAUGAGCUGCACAAAUGCUCUAGCACUUCCUACCACUACGCAGCCGAAUGUCUUCACACUUCCUGUCCGCAACCCUGACCGGAUCAACCACCGCUGCUGA